AAAAACAGCAUGGCAGGCCAUAUUUGAGUUUGACACCUGGGCAAUAAAGUAGUUAAGAAUAAAAUUAAUAUGAUAUGCUGGAAGCUGAGAGUAUUCCUCGGUCAAUGAUGCGUGUGAGAUACUGUUCAAACAUUGACCCAAGCAGCUUCAAGGAGAUUACUUGCAUUGGCCAAAUGUUGACAGCAUCCUGCUGUCAAGGAUGUGUGUGCGUGUGUGUGUUUCUAGUCUUUUCCUUUCUCAACAUGCCAGCAGUGAUGUACCUGACUGUCCUCAUCUCAAUGGUGGCUAUGACCAUCAGUCAGGACACCACCUCCUCGUCAACAACAAAACAGAGGACAGCGAUAACGCUUACCUCUUUGUCAACAAAGACAAAUGAGGGUUGGAGCGGUGGCGGCACACAGCAGAGAGCAGUCACUUCUGCACAGGAGUCACCGUGGCCUUCGCCAACAAACAAGGGGACGCAGGACACCGAGACUCCAUUUGCUAGGCUGACAUCCGACAAGACCACGCCCCUUCUAUCAACAUUCUCAGCAGCUCUGACCGACAACACACCUCACCACGACACAAGCAGCCAAGCUCCCCCACUGGUCUUUGAUAACAACAACUUGGGUGCAAACCCCGGACUCGUAGCCAUCGUCUCAGUCUUUGGCAUCAUCCUGACCCUCGUGCUGAUAGUGGCCAUGGUGAAAUGUAUCCAGUCACCAAGGUACGACUUCGAGAGGAUCGAAGAUGUGCCCAUGGGCUGGAUGAAUCAGAAGCAAGGGGGGUAUCCGGCUCCAGGGCCCGCUAGUUUCCCGUGUCUGUCAUACGGGCAGCAAACACUGACUUUGCAAGGACAAACUGAGUGAAGGAUCUCCAUUUGCUCACUACUCAAAAUAAGACUUCAAGAGACACGCGUGAGGACAGCAACAGCAGAAGUGACGUCAACAACUCCGCUCAAGUCUCCCUGCACAGCACUUUUCUUAUCACCCAAUAAAACUUCUACUUUUAAAAACCAGCAAUACUUGGUCA